UGACGCUCUUUACAAUAUUGUAUCGUUCUAUAUUCACACAUUACAAAGAAAUUUCAUAAAUUUCCGUUGUCAAGACGCAACCAUUUAAGGUUAACUUGUAUUUUCAUUUCCACCGAGAAGUACGAGCAUUUAUUUGGUUUGAUAAGGCGUUGUUUAACUGACUUCUUCAAGCGCAAGGCCUGGGCCUAUUGCGACAUUAACUAAGCUACUACGAUGUCGUUUCGAGGACGAACUAUUCGUUCUUCGUUCAGAAGAAAACAAGCUGUUGUGUCAGAGGUACGGAUUGUUUUAAUGGACAACAUUUGUCUUCAGGAGAAAUUCGACGGCGAAUCAACUUUAACGGGAGUUGAUAUAUUACGGCGUGUCGGGAAACGACUAGAAAUCCCUGACAUAGAUUUGAAGUACUUUGGUUUGAAAUACCCUGAUUCAGACGGGCAAAUGAAUUGGCUGAUCCUCUCCGAGCCUGUGAAGAAACAUGUCUCAAAGAAGCCCUAUCAAUUACAGCUAGCAAUACGCAUUUACCCCGAAGCGAAUGAAAGUGUAUCCGAGAGUUGUCUAAAGCUGUGUUGUUAUCAAGUGAAGAGCGAUAUUAAUCGAGGGAUGUUCAUCUGUACGCCUUCACAACAUGCCGCGAUCGAUUCAUACUUUGCACAAGCGAUUGUAGGGGACUACAAACCUAAGAAACACACUCCCGGUUAUCUAGAGGACUUUUUAGGCUUCUUAUUUGAGCAUCCAAGCGGCGUAAACUGUAGUGUGGGUACUGUGAACGCGAGAGCGUACGAAGAUGACGUGGUACGAAGACAUCAAGGCCAUCACGGAAUGACGAAGAAGGAAUCAUGGCUGGCGUUGCUGAAUGUGGCGUCGACCAUAACACGUUUCAACACGUUAAAACAUCAAGCGAAAGAUUGCAGUGAUAAGACUCAAGUUGAAAUUACAAUUUCUCAAGAAGGUGUAGACGUUUACAACCUAAAUAACGUCAAGGAACCAGAUUUUGUGAAAAAACAUUUCUCCUUCCGCGGACUUGCAGUCAUCAGCUACAAGAAUAAACUUAUGUUGACUUCAACAUCUGGCAAAUCUAAAUUCAAAUUCACAGGCUUGUACGGCGAGAAAGCAGCGAGGCGGGUAUUGGAGGAUAUUUUAGAGUCUCGUUUGUACAAUAAUUGUGCAUUGACAAAGACAGAUCCAGUGUCAUACCACACAGAAGAGGCAAGACGCAUGAGCGAGGCAAUUUUAAACCGACGGGCAUCAAUUUAUCGCAGUUUCCGUAAUGAACCUAUCGCGCGGAGACCGGGUUCCGCAAGUCGAGUUUACUCAUCCAUACGGUCGAGGUUUUCAAAGAAAAGCACAAAACGAUACAAUAGUGAGUCUAGCGAUGAGAUCGAUGAUCGAGAAUUGCGUUAUAAACAACGAUUGUCUCGUAUUGAAAUGCUGCCUACCGAACAGAAUGAGGUAAAUGACGAAAUACUAGCUACCCAGCAGAAUGAGGCAAAUGACAUGUAGUUCUGUUUAUUUUACUCUAAGAUAUUCACGCAAGUAGUCAACAGCUGUAAACAGAUGAUAAAAUGCAUAAUAAAAUAAUGAAAUAAAAUAAAUAUCCGCUAUUAUAAAUUUCAGGCUCCCUUCACACGGGAAAAAAUGAAUAUUGGGACCGUCCUUAUAUUUGAACGACUUCGCCUGACACAUUCACAUGUGAGUCAUGAGACAUGGUAUGGGGACCAGCAAUAUAGACCCACGAGUAUGUGGACCAGCAGCAUAUAGAGGACAAACUUAGAGCACAUCUGUGUGUGAAACAAAUAAAACCAGGCGGAUUUGAAGUUUUGAAUGAAUUUGGGUACGGUUGCCAUUUUCUCGUGUGAAUGUGGGCUUUAUGUAAAUCUUUGUUUUACAAGAGAAAACACGACCAGACAGUGUUUCUUUAUGCAUACACAACAGGCAUUGUAAGCCGAGUGUCUAAAAUUGCUUCUCCAAACAGAGUAGAACUAUACCAUUUUUAAAGCAUAACCAUUUCGAAGUGUACUAAAUUCGUGGCAAAACACUGUUAUCUAUUUAUAUUAUAUAAUCUAUUUUAAGGAAUUAGUUGGCGGUUCGUCUUCGUAUUGCGGUCUCGCGUCCUUGAAAAUGUCAGAAACAUGUUUAUAUUGCAUGCUUGAUUGUGAACAUUAUUUACAUAACAAAUGUUUAUUUUGGUUCACUGACUACACUUUGAGUAAACUUGAACGCUCGCUAGAACAAAUAUAACAUACCAAUAUUUAAUUAUUAAAUAAACUGUGAUUAAAUUCAUCCUUUAUGGUAUUUAUAUGGUACUGCAAUCUUUACUGUUUAUCAU